CAGGAACCCCUUCUCCACGCCGCCCAUCCAGAUGGCAGGUCGCCGGUGGGCCGCCACGUCAGCCCUCUGCAUGUGCGUGGCAGCCGUCUCCCUCCUGCACACCACCGGGGUGCAGGCAGACUGCUGGCUCAUUGAAGGGGACAAGGGCUUCGUCUGGUUGGCCAUCUGCAGCCAAAACCAACCCCCUUAUGAGUCCAUCCCCCAGCAAAUCAACAGCACCAUUGUGGACUUGCGGCUGAACGACAACAAGAUCAAGAGCGUGCAGUACGCCUCGCUCAGCCGCUUCGGCAACCUGACAUACCUCAACCUGACAAAGAACGAGAUCUCCUACAUUGAGGAUGGUGCCUUUUCGGGACAGUUCAACCUCCAGGUGCUGCAGCUGGGUUAUAACCGCCUGAGGAACCUCACCGAGGGCAUCCUCCGAGGCCUGGGGAAGCUGGAGUACCUCUAUCUCCAGGCCAACCUCAUUGAGUCUGUCACCCCCAAUGCCUUCUGGGAGUGCCCCAACAUAGUGAACAUUGACCUGUCCAUGAACAGGAUCCAGAGACUCGACAGCAACACUUUUCGGGGCCUAAACAAGCUCUCUGUCUGUGAACUCUACAGCAACCCCUUCUACUGCUCCUGCGAGCUCCUGGGCUUCCUGCAAUGGCUGGAGGCUUUCACCAACAUGACACGCACGUAUGACCGGAUGCAGUGCGACUCCCCACCCGACUACUCGGGCUACUACUUGUUAGGCCAAGGCCGGACUGGCUACCGCAAUGCUCUGAGCAUGCUCUCUUCACUUUGCACCGGUGGCUCCUACACUGUGAUCCCUCGUUUUAUCCCUCCCAGGUACCAGGUGACCACAGCACCUUCUGAAAGCCCCUGCUCCGAGGAGGACUGCUCCUCUGGUGAUGGCACGACCCCGCAGUUCUCCCUCUUCACGCCCAUCGGUGAGACGGAGGUGCGCCCCAACAUCCAGGUGAAGCACCUCAACCACAACUCGGCCGUCCUCACCGUGCAGAUCCCCUACCCCUUCAGCAAGAUGUACCUCCUCUCCCAGUUUGAAAACGGCUUCUCCUCCAUGAUCACCAAGCUCAGGAAGAAGGAGGAGAACAUCACCGUGAGCAACCUAGUAGCACAAAGGGACUACACCUACUGCGUAGUCUCUGUCCACCAAAACUUCAAGUACAACCACACCUGUGUCACCAUCACACCCACCAAGCCGAACCGCAAGGAGCCGGUGCCCACCCCUUCCACUGCCACUCAUUAUAUCAUGACAAUCCUGGGCUGUCUCUUUGGCAUGGUGAUUGUCCUGGGCGUUGUGUACUACUGUCUCCGGAGGAGGCGCCAGCAGGAGGAGAAGCACAAAAAGGCAGCUGGCAGCAUGAAGAAGACCAUCAUUGAGCUGAAAUAUGGACCAGAAAUGGAAACCACCAGCAUCACCCAGCUGUCCCAGGGACAGAUGCUGGGUGGGGAGACAGUGACCCGCAUCCCCUACCUGCCUUCUGCUGGAGAGGUUGAGCAGUACAAGCUGAUUGACAGCAGCGAGACCCCCAAGGGCACCAAGGGCAACUACAUGGAGGUGAGGACAGGUGAGCAACCGGAGAGGCGAGACUGUGAGCUGUCCCUGCCACCAGAUACCCAGAGUUCCGUGGCCGAGAUCUCCACCAUUGCCAAGGAAGUGGACAAGGUGAACCAGAUCAUCAACAACUGCAUCGAUGCCUUGAAAUCUGAGUCCACCUCCUUCCAAGGAGUGAAAUCGGGGGCGGUCUCCACGGUGGAGCCCCAGCUGGUGCUCCUAUCAGAGCAGAUCCCCAGCAAGCACGGAUUCCUCUCCCCAGUAUACAAGGAAAGCUACAACCACCCUCUCCAGCGGCACCACAGCAUGGAGACGGCCCCUAAACGUUCCAGCACCUCUUCCAGCGGCUCCAUACGGAGCCCCAGGUCCUACCGCUCCGAGGGAUCAGGACACAAAUCAGAAGCCAAAUACAUUGAGAAGACGUCCCCCACCACUGACACCAUCCUCACUGUGACACCGGCCGCGGCCAUCCUGCGGGCAGAGGCGGAGAAGAUCCGUCAGUACAGCGAGCACCGGCACUCCUACCCCGGCUCACACCAAGGGGAGCAGCACGACAGCAUGGCGGGACGGAAGCCCUCCAUCCUGGAGCCUCUGACCCGUCCUCGCCCCAGAGACCUGGCUUAUUCCCAGCUCUCUCCUCAGUAUCACAACCUGAGCUACACCUCCAGCCCAGAGUACACCUGCAAACCCUCGCACAGCAUCUGGGAGCGCUUCAAACUCAACCGCAAGCGGCACAAAGACGAGGAGGAGUACAUGGCAGCCGGCCAUGCCCUACGCAAAAAGGUCCAGUUUGCCAAAGACGAGGAUCUUCACGACAUCUUAGACUACUGGAAGGGCGUCUCCGCCCAGCAAAAGUCCUGAGUCCUCACACAACUCGUGACUUAACACACUAACUGGACCAAAAGAAACCUGCAGCAGCUAUUUUUAUUCAGACUGUCUUUGA